AGUAGCAAUGGAGAGGUGGCACAAUAAAGUAGCUGUAGUGACCGGAGCCAGCAGCGGCAUAGGUGCUGCCAUAGUUCAAAGUCUUCUCAACAGUGGUCUUUGCGUUGUAGGUCUCGCAAGACGCCUGGAAAGUAUGGAAAAAAUCAAAACCGUAUUACCUAAGGAAUUACAAGAGAAAUUUACGCCAAUCAAAUGCAAUGUGGGGGAUGUACACUCAGUAAAUGAGGCUUUCGAUGAGAUAGAACGUGAAUAUAAAGGAGUAGAUAUUUUGGUGAAUUCUGCUGGAACCAUAAAUCCAACCUCUCUACUCACCGGCGAUGUAAGUUCCAUACAAGAAAUUCUCCAAACCAAUGUCAUGGGUGUGGUGCACUGUAACCAAAGAGCUUACAAAUCAAUGAAAAAGCGGAAUUUCGAUGGUCAUGUGAUUAUUUUGAAUAGCAUUGUGGGCCAUAAUUUAUCGAUAUUUCCCAAAGAGAUGCUUCCUGUUCUGGGCAUGUAUACAGCUUCCAAGUGGGCCGUAACUGCUCUAACUGAAAUGUAUCGGCAGGAAUUUCGACAUUUCGAUACGAAAAUCAAAAUCACCAGUAUUAGUCCAGGAAUUGUGGAUACAGCAUUAAUUGACGGUUUGGUAAGGUCAUGCUCUGAGGGUAACUGUUUGAAUGUUAACGAUGUAGCUGCAAGUGUUCUAUACGCCCUUGGCACUGCUCCACAUGUUCAAAUACAUGAACUAAAAAUUAAACCGGUGGCAGAGAGUGUAGUGUAAAAAAGUGUGGAUAAAAAAGGUUAUCACCAAA